GACAAGAGAAGUAGACAGAAGAAGACGAAGUUUCUUUUUAUUCAAGUAUAUAUAAGUCUCAUCUGUAUAUCAUACAACAGUGAAUGAACAACCCUAUUUAUAGAGUGAGAAAUCACUCCAAAAGUCAUCAUAUUGAGUAUGAUAAUAAAUAGAUACAUUCUUAUCCAAAAAGGUUCAUGAAACCUAAUGAAUAUAAAUGAUUGUUCAUGUACUAACUUUAUGGACUGUCCAACUCAUUCAAUAGAUUUAUAACAUUAAUUAAAUUAUCAUCCAUCAAAUGUAGUAAUGAAGCAAUAAUAAUUUAUCAAAUGAAAUUUAUAAAUUUAUUUUGGAAAAAUGACAGAAUACCCACCUUAAAAUUCUCUUAUUACCAUUAUUCUCUAUAGGUUUUACAAAUUCUCAAAGUUUCUCAUCUUUACUCAUAAGAUUAAUGUAUCAUCGCAUCAAAUUAAUAUAUCUUGCGCAUCAGAUUAGUGCAUCAUGUGUAAAAUGUACAUUAGAUUAGUGUAUUGUAUAUAAAUGUCAUAUAUCUUACUUAACGAUUAAUGUAUCUCGCACAUCAUAUUAAUAUAUCGGCGCUUAUAUUAUUGUAUCAGUUUGAGGGGUUUUUGUAAUUAUAAACUUAUAAGAGAUAAAUUAUAAUUUUAAAAGUAUGUGAUUUUUGUCCUUUACCCUCUAGGGGAUAAGACAAUAGUAUUCUAGACUAUGAUCAAAAUCUCAGAUACACACUUUAACUAAACUAAGGUGUUAUUACCCUCAAACUCAUUUUUUUAGUAAUUUUGUACACUUUUUUUUUUGGCUUACUUGACAUCUAAGCAUCUUUCAUACGCCUUAAUAACAUGGAGUCACAGAUUGCCAUGUGUUAAUUUUUCUAAUGAUGAAUUUGGUUAAGUGAUUUUAUUAUAGCCUAAGUGUAGAGUGAUUUUAUUAAUACAAAAUAAAAUUUAAUAACUUUUUGAUAUAAAUUCUAAAAGUUAGAAUGUGACCUUUCUUUAUUACCAAGUUCAGUCCACUCCCCUUUUUUCACUCAUUAAUUUCUCACAUUAAUGAAAAAAGUAGGGUUCAAUUUGAUGACAGAUAGGAAAAUGAUUGAUAGUUUUGUCAGUUAGGCUUCAAAUAUUUCUCAUUAUCAAGUAGCAGAAAAAAUUGAAUAUAUUUUCUCAUCAUAUACCUAAAGCAGAGAGUUAGUCUUUAGCAAUAUAAUAUAACAAUGUCUCAUGCUUUUUCUUCGAAAAUUUGCAAGUACGAUGUGUUUUUGAGUUUUAGAGGAGAAGAUACACGUAGAACAUUUGUGAGUCAUCUAUAUAAAGCCCUGGAACAAAGUGGAAUCCGCAUUUUUAAAGAUGAUGAGCGAUUAGAAAGGGGGAAACCAAUUUUUGAUGAACUUUUAAAAGCCAUAGAAGAGUCUAAAAUUGCUAUAGUGAUAUUUUCGAAAAGCUAUGCAUCGUCGAGAUGGUGCUUAGAGGAGCUUGCACACAUCAUAAAGUGUAGAAACGAAUUGGAGCUAAUAGUGAUUCCAGUUUUCUAUGAUGUAACUCCAUCAGAUGUGCGCCAUCAAAAUCCCCCUUUUGCUGAUUCAUUUUUACAAUACAUGAAAGAUGAUAUGGAGAAGGUUCAGAGAUGGAGGGCUGCAUUUGUGGAGGCUGGGAAAAUAUCAGGCUAUCAUUUACUUAAUUUCAAGCAUGAAGCAAAAUUCAACAAGAAACUUGUGGAAGAGGUGUUAGAGUUAGUAAAGCCAACAUGCAUGCACCUUCCAGGACUGGUAAUUGGGCCUAAUUCUCAUGCUGCAGGAGUGAUUUCUCUAUGUGAAUUCUACUCAUCAGCUGGUGUCUGCAUGUUUGGGAUCUAUGGGAUGGGUGGCAUUGGUAAAACAACUGUUGCCAAAGCCGUCUACAAUCAAAUCCACAGGAGGUAUGAAGGUUUCUCCUUUGUGGCUCACGUAAGAGAGCGCUCGGAAAAUAACAUGCUUCACAACUUACAGAAACAGCUUCUAUCUGAUGUUCUAAAAAGAGACAAGUUUAAAGUCCAAUACAAUGUUGAUAAGGGAAAAUGCCUAAUCCAAGACAGACUUGGUCAGAGGAAGGUCCUUAUUGUUCUGGAUGAUGUCGAUGACAUGAGCCAGAUAAAAGCAUUGGCGGAAGAGAGAAGCUGGUUUGGUUCGGGGAGCACAAUAAUUAUAACAACAAGAAGUGAGAGUUUGCUAGAUGAUGUAGGAGUAGACUAUAAGUACGAGGUAACAAGGUUGGAUGAUUUCUCUUCCAAGCGACUCUUUUUUUGUUUUCAUGCUUUCAAGAAUACUACUGUACCCGAAAAUUUGGAUCAUGAGUUGGUGAAUAACAUAGCAAGUCUAGGUGGAGGGGUUCCUUUAGCACUCGAAGUAUUGGGCUCUCUUUUGCAUAAAAAGGAUGAUCAAACAUGGAGAAGUACCCUCGAGAGCUUGAAAAAUCUUGCUCAUCACACUAGUAUUCACAAAGCACUCAAAGUAAGCUAUGACUCACUUGAUGACAACUCUAAGGAGAUUUUCCUUGACAUCGCGUGCUUUUUCAUUGAAGCCCAACAAUGUUUUGCUAGUCUUGUAUUGACUGCUUGUGGUCACUCUUUCAACUUGGGGAAAGGAAUUUUGAUUGGAAGAUGUUUAAUGAAAAUUGAACAGAAUCAAUUGUGGAUGCAUGAUUUAGUUCGAGAUAUGGCUAGAGAAAUUGUUCGUCAAGAGUCGGUUAAAGAGCCUCAUAUGCGCUCUAGGUUGUGGUUUCAUGAAGAUGUCCGUUAUGUGCUAGAAAAGAACAAGGGUAGCGACCAGAUAGAAGGCAUCAGCGCGAUCCAUCCCAGAGUGAAAGAUCUAACUGUUGGCACAAAGUCCUUUGCAAGAAUGGAUAGGUUGAAAAUAUUUCAAGCAAAAGGAAUGAAUCUUACUGGAAGCUUCAAAAAUUUGUUUGAAGAACUAAGAUGGCUAUAUUGGCAAAAUUUCCCUUUGAAAUGUUUACCUACUGAUAUUCAUCCAACCAAACUUGUGGCUCUGGACAUGCAAUAUAGCAAAUAUCAUGGAAGUUUGGCAAUCCACCAUCAAGGUUUAUUGCUAUUCCCCCUGGAAAACCUGGCAUAUCUAAAUCUCAGUCAUUGUCAACGACUAAAGCGAACUCCUGAUUUUUCAAGGGCGAUAAGUCUUGAGACAAUAUUGUUUACAGGUUGCUCCGAGUUAGGUGAGAUUGAUUCAUCAAUAAAAUAUUUGGUGAAACUUGUUUACUUAAAUUUGGAAGACUGUGUAAGCCUCAAGAAUCUACCAAACAGCAUUUGCAAGCUAGAAUCACUUCAACAUCUAGAUAUGUCAGGUUGCUCGGGUCUACAACAACUGCCUGCUGAUUUUGGAAACUUGACAAACCUAAGAAGCUUAUCAUUAGAAGGAUGCAACAGAAGUUUAAAGGCUCAAUCUUGGCGGACUUGUAUUUUAUCUCAUUUCCCAUGGGCAGGAAGUAGUUCAUCGCGUCCAGAGUGGUUGUUGCCACAUUCCCUUUCCCGUUUAAGUCACUUGACGGAGCUCAAUCUCAAAGAUUGUAGGCUUUCAGAAGCAGAUAUUCCCACCAAUCUUGGGAGUUUAACCUCAUUGGAAUACCUGGAUUUAGGAGGAAAUGAUUUUUACACUCUCCCAUCAUCCCUGUUUUGCGACCUAUAUGAGCUACAGUGUCUUGUCCUGGAUGAUUGCAAGAAUCUUCAAAUGCUCUCACUGCUUCCUUGUAAUCUGCUAGAGCUCCAUGCAAAUGAUUGUUCAUCCAUUGAAAGUCUAGACAUGUCCAAUUACAGGAUAAUGCCACAGCUCCAUGUAUCUAAUUGCGACAGAUUGUCCGAGAUUAAGGGCAUGGAAACUAUGGAAAAUGUUGAAUAUGUUUGCAUGGAACACAGUCGCAAGAUGGCAAGACGUUUCUUUGAUGAAAGUUUCUUCCAGCUGACGGGAGAAUGUGAUAAAGAUCUUCCUUAUCCAAGCAGCUACUAUAUUGCAGGUAGCGAGGUUCCAGAAUGGUUCAGCAACUUAAACAUAGGAUCUAAUAUAACCUUAACAAUGCCACCAAACAUAGAACAUAACUUCCAGGGAAUGAUCCUUUGGUCUAUCUACAAGUGCAAAUACAAUGGAGUAUUUCAAUAUGGUCCUAUCAUAGAGGUCGGUGAUCAGACCAAUAAGGUUACAUGGGUCCUUGGCUUCCCCGAAAUUACUGUAACCGCUGACAACUGUUCUUGGGUGAGCUUCAUACCACAAGAUUACUUUUGUCCUGCUUUAGAAGGUGGAGAACAAAUUACAUUUUCGUUCAGUAUCAGAGAGCAAGGAUUCACAGGGUUAAGUGUGACAAAGUGUGGUGUCCAUCCAGUCUAUGCAACAGCAGGAAGAGCACUGCCAAAACUCCAGUUUCGGAGUAAUUUUGAGGAAAGGAGGUCGAUCUGUGGAGACAAUCAUCCUUUGCUGAAAUAGGACAUGUACUGUCAUAUAGUCUUAAUAAUGGCACUGGUGAUCAGCACAUUCAGAAAGUCAUAUUUGACGGCCUUCGUCUUUCGCAAGCUAGUGAUGGCACAUCUUUAUUUCACAACAUCAUCGGCACACCUUUCCAUGUAAAUCACGCCAGCUUUCGUCAGCUUUUGCAGGAAGCAUAUGACCAUAGUCGACAGAAUACAGCUGAUUGGCGAGAUCUAUUUUGCAAAGUGGUAGUCAACCAACAAAACAGGUUAGGCUUGGAUGAAGGAAGUUGGAACUGUUGGGUUUGAUGCCUUGAAAAUGAAUAGUCUUGCUGAAAACCUUCAAGGUCAAAGUUCAAAAUCUUUUAAAUUUGAACUUCUUCCCAUAAGGCCAAAUAUCCAAAACCGUGGUUCUUGUAGAUUACCUUGGUUAAAGUUAGACAAACGGCAAUGGUAAUUGGUAAAUAUUAUAGACAACUGAGGGUCUAUUGGAAACAAUCUCUCUAUUAGAAUGUGAUUUUACAGUGGGUCUGUUAUUAUUGUUGUAUGUGAAUAAAUACGUAUAAGCUUCAAUUAAUUAAAAUGUGAUUUUGGUUUCUUUAUGUA